AGAAGUUAUUUGUCUCUAUCUUCCCCUUGCUGAUUGUGAUUUCAAAAUUAUUCCCAUUUUUAUCAUCAUGACUUUGAGGAAGUGCCAGAGGAAAUCCUUUAAAUUUAAAAUGAGCACAUUUUUUCAUAUGUACCAUUAUUAUGUUAAUACUCUGAAAAGUUCAGGAAAACCCUCACGAAUUUCAAGUCCAGGCAUUUUCACUUAGAAAAAAUAUUCAUCAUCUUUGAACAGAACAUUUUCAUUUUUUAUUUUCAUUUUAUUGUCAGGCCCUUAUGUACCCUGGGGAUGUUGGGUUCCCAAUGAAGCUGAGGUCAGAAGGACCAUCUUAUCUUAUGAUGGAGAUGCACUACAAUAACCCAACUUUUGAUACAUUUGUGGACUCUUCAGGGAUGAAUGUUUUCUAUACAGAUGUCAUCAGACCAAAGGAAAUGGGAGUUUUGGAGCUUGGGAUGUCAGUCACUCCAAUUCAGUCAACUUGUCUACAUGUUGUGGUGUCCAUGUGCUGGGCUCCAUUGCACCAGGAGAACAGUACAGGGAGACAAAUGAAGCUGAGGCUGGUCAGAAAUGGAAUUGAAGAACCCUGGUUCCAGUAUGACGACCACUAUGACUUUGAGUACCAGGAAUUUCGGGUUUUCCCAGAGGAGAAAAAGCUGCUCCCUGGAGACAUUCUCAUCCUGGAAUGUACCAUGGACUCCACGGGAAAGACUGGAGUGACAUCUGGUGGUUGGGGAACCGAUGAUGAGAUGUGUCUCGCGUUUUUGAACUACUAUCCCAAGUCAGAGCUUUUGAAAUGCUUCACCAUGUUUGAUUUUGACACGAUUCAAGCCGAACUCGGAUUCCCUGACUUGUACCCCAAUGGGAUAUUAAUUUUGUACCGGGUUAUCCAGAGAUGCAAGAGUAUCAACCUCCUCCAAGAAAUUGUCCAGAACACAAGGUUGCCAAAAGAAAUUCAUGGAGAAAUGCUGAAAAUUUUGGAAGGAGCCAAAGAUGAAAUGGGUCAUGUCAGAGGAUGAGCUCCAAAAAGUUUUUUUCACAUUAUGUAUAUAUUAUUUAUGGAUAUUAUUUCAGGUCAAUAUUGAAGGAGUGCAGACAUGCAUUUUUCAAAUCACUGAUGAUCCCAUGUAAUGUCAAAAUUUAGAGAAUAAUGCUGAAAAGAAUGCAUCCCAUAUUUUCAAAAUAUGAGUUUUUCAUUCUCAUUCAUUUCUUGCGCUUUGAGUUUAGUUGUUCAAUCAUCAUUGUAUUUGUGUUUAUAGGCAUCCAGCAUUUCUGGUGCUGGGUUUUUGAAGGUUCUGUAGCAUUGAGUGCUUGUUGAAUGUGCACCUGCCCCAAUUGUAUGCAGUUGGAAAUCAAGAAUUGUGAAAUACAUUUGUUUUUGCUGACCCAUUUUCCCCCAUUGAUACACAAUCUCAUUAAGUAUGCAAAAUGUGAUACAUUUAUGGAAAUGAAUAAAGGAAGUAAAAUAUGUAACUGAUUAAAGGAAGUAAAAUAUGUAACUGAUUAAAGGAAGUAAAAUAUGUAACU